AUGGCGAUUUUCACAACCGCACAAUCUACAACUGUCUUUGUUAUUGGAAGGGUCGUCCAAGGAAUCGCGUCUGCCAUGGUAGAUGUCGCAGGACUGGCUCUUCUCAGGGAUAGAAUUGGCCAAGACCAAUUAGGUGAGGCGUUGGGCUACUUUGGAACGGCAAGCAUGAUCGGAUUGAUAGGCAGCCCGUUCCUUGGUGGACUUCUUUACCAGGAAAGGGGUUUUUACGCUGUAUGCGCAUUAGGAUUCGCCGUCAUCACGGUAGAUUCCAUGUUACGAUUAGUUGUGGUAGAGAAAAGUCGUUCAAGGCGGACUGGCCAUGCCGAAGAGCAUGUCUCCACAACUACCGCGGUCCAGACAAAACCAGAGCAUGGGGCUCCAAUUCCAAUAAUUGGCAAUGACGAUUCCAGUUAUAAUCGCGGGAAUAUGAAUGGUAGCCUAAUCUUACUCAAGCAGCAUCGAGUGUUGUUCACACUGUGGGCGCUAGCAGUGGAUGGCCUGAUCGUCGGUGCAUUUGACGCGGGAGGCUUUGUGACCGUUUUGGGGUGCGUAUAA